GCUAGCUAAGCAGGGAGGGGCUUAUACAACAAGUUGCGUCGUCUACGAACUUGUUUCCAUAUUUCAGCCCACGCCAUAGCACUUGGUCGCCUCCACUUCAUUAAUUUAAGGGCCUGAUCCAGACUAACCAUGGGUGUUGAGGGUGGAAUGAAAUGUGUGAAGUACCUACUCUUCUUUUUCAACUUUAUCUUUUGGCUGUGUGGCCUGGCUAUGAUAGUCGUGGGCGUUUUGGUUCAGGUGGCUAUCAACAACACCAUAGUGAUCAAUAAUGUCUCAGCUUCAUCAGUUCCCAUUGUCAUCAUUGUAGUCGGCGUCAUCGUCUUCUUCAUCGCCUUUUUCGGCUGCUGUGGGGCCUGGAAGGAGAGCUACUGCAUGGUGACCAUGUUCUCUAUCCUUCUGAGUUUGAUCAUUAUCAUUGAGAUUGGUGCAGCCAUCGCUGGAUAUGUCUUCCGAGGGAAACUGACGGAUAUCGUCCACGACAGUCUCAAUGACAUGGUGAACAGGUACAGCAAUGGCAGUAAGGAAUUCCAGGAGGCCGUGGACAAACUGCAAACAGACCUGAAAUGUUGUGGAAUGAACAGCUCCGCUGACUGGAGAGGAACAUUUGGGACUGGUGCAGAUGUGCCAGACUCGUGCUGUGUCACUGUGACCAAUAACUGUGGUAAGGGAGCCAUGCUGAAUCCAGGAAAGGUGCACAUAACGGGGUGUGAGGCACUUGUGGAGGAGAUGUUGAAGAAGAACACCUUGUGGAUCAUUAUCGCGGCACUGGUGAUCGCAUUCCUGCAGAUCAUGGGCAUUAUUUUUGCCUGCAUGUUGAUGAGAGGCAUUCGUAGUGGCUAUGAAGUCAUGUGAUAAUUCUACCAAUAAAAGGGGAAUGGCUAAUGGUUGCAAUGUCAGGUCAUCAUGUUCAAACAUUUUUGAAUUUCCUAUUAUUCAUUAUUCUUCUUCCACAUAACCACAAAAUACCUUUGGAAUGACGCUGGAAAAUGUCAUAUGCCAAGAAUAUCAAUGUUAGCUUUGUUGUAUUUUUUAAGUAGAAUUUUAUUUAAAUAGGGCAACAUUCUUAAAAUUGCACUUUUCUUUUGUUUCAUAUUGUUUUGCAAUGUUUAAUCUCAUUAACAUUUUACUGUAGAUGUUUUUUUUUUUUUUUUUAAAGGUAUUAGUCUGUUCAUCCUGGUUCCCACAUUUCUAUGGAUUUUUAUUAAACAUUUCAGUUGAUACCUUAAA